UAGGAAGGAGACAGUGGGUUGGGUUCCCCUGGAUGAGAACCAACGGAACAGAACGGUGUCACAAAGCAAUGGGACCAGGGUAGCCCCAGGGGACGGGACAAGCAGGACUGUGCCAGUCAUGCCAUAAAACGGGGUGGAAGAGGUGAGGUAUGAAGAAAAGAGGGCAAGAGGCAGCCUUCCUGAGCCAGGGCAAGUACAGGCUCCCUGAGAGGCUGAUCCAUACCCAAUGGGCCCAAUGUGUUUUCCAAGUUGGUGUUUCUCAGAGAUGGCUAUAGAAGAGGGAAGUAGGCAUUUUCAUAGGAUACUGGUCUAUAGGUAGAGUGUUGGCUCUGCUGUUAUUGAUGGAAACACUUUUGUAGUUGUUUUAUAGCUAUUAGAUGAUAGAAAAUGGCUGUUGGCCUGGGAGAUUUCCAGAAACGGCAACUUGGGCACGUGUUUUUCACCUGAAGAGAAAGAAAUGUUUUUUUCUUGUUCUACAAAUAUUGUUGAGGUUUCAGAAUUUUCACUCCUUCUGCAUCAGAAUUAAACAGCAGCCUUUAAAAAUUCAAGAAUGGCAACAUCAGCGAACAGAUCUGAGUUGUGCAGGGUCUGUGUUCAGACCUCUCUUCUGCCUAAUUGGAGAUGGGGACAGUUUGGUCCAGGACAGACUCGUGCAGCAAGAAAACAAACCUACUAAAAAUUUCUUAACAUGAAUUAAGUAACAUUUUAUGGCAAAAGUCUAAAGAGCAACCUGUCUGUAGUAGCAGCUGGACUGCAAUCUGUGGUUUUGUAAAAUAUAUAAGUACCAGACCACUGAGAAAAUGAAAUACAAUAUUCAUUCUGUAGGGAGAAAUGCUUAAGAUAGCUAUUUACAGCUGGUUAUAGUCUCUAAGUAUUUGUGUAUUGGAGUCAAAGACUGAGUGGAACUUUAGGAAUAUAUCUAAAACCUCAGGUAUUUAAACAAUACCUCUUAAUGAUGUUGCUCACUGUAUUGGGAAGAGCUUAUUGUGGGAGAUAGUCUUUACCACUGUAUUAGCUUGAUGAAAGUAAAUAUGAAUAUAACUUAUAAAGAAGAUCCUGAAACAGUAGGAAACAUCUCCAUGAGACAGUACUGUUUUCUAAAAAACAAUGCAAAAAGCACUGUAGCAUUUUAGGUUUCCACUGUUGUGGUUUUUUUCCUAGUAGGUGACAGUAAGAGUCCAUUUACUUGCAAAGUGUAAAGUAUUUCUGCAAGGAACAGAUGGAGGAGAUGAACAGCCAGCCCCCAGGGCUCGCCGGCCUGAAGAAUCUAGGCAACACAUGCUACAUGAAUGCAAUUUUGCAGUGCCUCUGCAGUGUGCCACCACUUGUGGAGUAUUUUCUCUCAGGAAAGUAUAAAGCAGCUCUACACAAUGAGAAUGGUGAGUCUGCAACUGCCUUUGGCUGUUUGAUGUCUGAUAUGUUGCUUGGAGAGUUUGACAUUGUUUCCCCGGAGGUUUUUCAUUCAGUCCUUGAGAAGCGGUACCCAACUUUUAGCAAGAGUUCUCAGCAGGAUGCACAGGAGUUUCUGGUCUGUGUGCUGAAUGAGCUCCAUGAGGCUCUCAAGAAGUCAAGCAAAAGAAGAUGCAUAACCAAAGCAAAAGCAAGUGGAGGGAGUGUCAGUGAAACCUCUAUUAUCACACAGUUAUUUGAGGGACAACUCAGUUAUGCGAUCACGUGCCUGGAAUGCAAGACAACCAUUGAUAGACCCGAGAGCUUCACCGUUCUGUCCCUGCCCAUCCCUUCCAAGAGCAUGUGCUCUCUGCAGGACUGUCUCAAAUGCUUCUUUCAGCAAGACACACUGACUUGGAACAACCAAAUCUACUGUUCUUGGUGUAGAACAAAACAAGAUGCUGUGGUAAAGGCCACCAUAACCAAGGCACCGCAGUUCAUUAUUUUUCACCUGAAGAGGUUUGAAUGGCAAGGUAAUCGCAAAAGGAAACUCUCAACUGACAUCUGCUAUCCACUCAGCAAUCUGGACCUCUCUCCCUACAGUUCCCCACUUUUCUACAAGGAUGCAGAGUACAGCUUGUAUGCUGUAGUGAAUCACACUGGUAUUCUGAAUAAAGGCCACUACACAGCAUUCUGCAAGCACUCAGUCACCAAAAACUGGUACAGCUUUGAUGAUUCACAGAUCACCAGGAUCCCAAAUUCCUCAGUGCAGACUGACACAGCUUAUCUCCUAUUCUACACCUGCCAAGACCUUUUCUGCACCCAUUAAAAAAAAUUCUGUUAGCCCUGGAAAAUGACCCAUGAGUAGGCCAGCAGUUAGAAUUCAUUGGCAGCAUUAGCCAAGUCCUGUUUCAUCAAUAAACUAGAGUCUCUGCAUUACC